AGUCAAUGUAAUGCUCAGACGAUAAAAGGGAGAAUUCUCAUCUCAGCUUCUGGCCACGCUCUUGUAUUGCGUCACCUGAUUUCUAAGGUCUCGGCAGUUUCAAGCUUUCCACGUGAUCUUGCAGGUGCAGAGGAGGCAAGGGGACCACCUCAGAUCUCUUUCACCGGCAUCCUGACGGGAACUACAGAGCAUAGGGAUUGUAGGUGACAAGCAUGGUCUGGCAUUGAUCUAACCUGCUUCAAGAUCACAAACUGACUGACCAGUACAAGGCAGACAAGAACGAUUAAAUCGCAGAUUACAUCACUGAGAGUGCAUGGUGCGUAACACCUGCCCCGGCCAACUCCGUGACUAAAGUGCGGCACUCAGUCGUGGUACUUGGGCCAUGAAACGCCAAGCAGAACCAGUGCGGGAGCUUCAAAAGUGGCCACCCUCCAAUGAAGAAAAGGAACACAGUCUGGGACUUGCAGAAAUUUCUCUCCCAUCGGUGUCUACCUGACCGGAAUGUACUUACCUUAACUGUACUUGAGUCUUCGGGAAAUGAACAUGUACUCGACGAUUUAAUGCAAUUUCGAAAUGGUACAACCUUUUUCAGGAGAUUCUUCAUUCAAUACUCGAAUUUUAAAAGCAGCGUUCAAAGCGUGAGCUGCAGGCAAAGGUCACGAGAUUAGCUUCUUCGAUUCCGAGGGUUUAAGGAAUGUGGCAUGUGGAAAUCAGGCUGUGGUUGGGAUCGGUGUUUGUACAAUGUUCUCGUCGAGUGUAGCUCUUCAUCGAGAGACGGCGUACAAUCCUCACCAUAAGAACCGUUACAACCGAAAAGGAUACAGUGUCUGUGAAGGUGUGAUGGGCUGGAAUGCAGCAUGGCGCAAGGAAGGAUCAAGCCAUCCAUUCACUGCGAAGGUGGAUUUGGCAAGUGAGUGGAUUCGGGAGUUGACAAUGGGGAUAUGGAUGAGCAUUCAUCAGGCAGAUAGUAUCGCUUACCAACUCCUAGCCGAAGGACCAAUUCCGAAUUGCUCGCAUCAUGAGAUCUUACGGGCAGAGUACAGGAAUUCAUUGUUCAGUAUUUUAAUGAUUCAGCCUGUGGCCACGUUUUAUGACCGAGCGUGUCAUUGGCUACCUGUGUCUCCACCAGAUCGAAGUCCGUAAGUCUCACCGUACAUCCUGCUUAUGAUGCAAAUUGUUGGCCCAAUUCAUUGCUGUCUGGCAAACGACUCACAGCUUCAUCUCUUAGUCAAUGCAGCUGUCAGAACUGGCUGUAGUUGCUUUUAUGGUACCGUUGUUACACUUUUGCAAGCUCCGGGUGGGCAAGAGCAGAUUCGGUGAAGAUGGGGGUGCAAGCGAGGAACGUGCUGUGAGCAGAACUAGAUGAGAUAUUUGUCCUUCUGCAGGAAUAAAUGGUGGCUGAUUGUCUACCAGGGGGUUCUUCUCUUUUCCCUCAAAACAGUACGAAAGUUACUAUUAUUAUGGUAGAAUAAUUUCCUUAAACGCUUCGCCU